AUGACAAGGAUGGGUCAAAAAAUUAGUAAUCGGAUGAAAGAUUUAAACCAUAAACUUUCAAGGAAAAUAGUAAAUAAAUUUGAUUUGAUUGCUUUUGAGAAGUUAAAUCCUAGCGAAAUGGUUAAAAAAGUAGAUAAAAAAGAAUUUGUUAAUCCUCAUAAUACUAGCAAAAGAUGUUUUGAUUGUGGCAAGGUUAAUAAAAAGUUAAAAGAUGAGGAAGUAUUUGUCUGCCUUAAUUGCGAUAAUGUUGAUGACCGAGAUGUUAAUGCCGCUAAGAAUAUUUUUUCUGACUACGGAUUUGCCGUCAAAUUAAGGAACAGGAAAGUGAGCAAGUUUUCAUCAGUCUUCGCUUUAAUUUCUGAACUUGGUUGGGGCGACCGCAGGCCACGCAGUAAGGAUAUUUUCGCGGUGGUCGGUGGUUUUGCUGAUAGGUUUGAAAAUAGUUUUUAUACUUAUACUCAUGAUUACACUUAUUCUAGUCUCAGUGAUUUAAUUAGAAAAAGUUUAACUGCUCAUCGGGAAGGAAAGUUAAGUUUAACCAAGCCACGACCAAAUGACAGCCCUAAAAAAACUAUUGGUCUAGUUUUACCAAUUGAUUUAUGA